UCCUUCUUUUCCUCGUACAUAUUACAACAUACCUACCUAUGUAUGUAUCAAUUAGGUAAAUGCCUGCCCACCUCCUACCAAUUAGACAUACCCUAUGCCCACCUUUGCUCGCCCAAGCCGACUUUUCUCCUCCCUCUCGCAACAUCUCCAAAAACCCAUCCGCACCAACGAUGCCUUAACCGCCUCCAUGCUGCCCCCGCCCAAUCCUGUGCUGCGGCGGAAUGUCAUAGCCAUCUACAAGGAGCUCCUGAACUGCGGCCGCGACUAUCCCAAGGGCUACGACUACUUCCGACAGCGGCUUCAUAAGGCCUUUCAGGAGAAAGCGUCACUGCGUGACGAGAGGGAAAUCAAGGGAGCUAUUAAAAAGGCCGAGUAUGUAAAGAAAGAACUCGAGGCGCUGUAUUUCUUGAAACGGUAUCGUACUCUUAGAAAGAGGUAUGAUGGUCUAUAAUUGACUGCAAGGAAAUGUGUUAGAGAGCUAUAUUUCCGGAUUGAGCUGGAUCCGUUAGUAGAUUGCGAUUGCCUUUAGGGUGUCGACAGGGUGAAGAUUUGGAUCGGUGGAUCAAGGAGAAUCGAUGCCAAGGAUAUCGACCGAAUAUAGCGUGGACAAACAACAGCCAAAUAGGUAGACUAGGCCAUUCGAAUUAUGAAUUCGGAGUCAGCUUCUUCCUGGCGCACCAUGCCCCGACUUCUAGACAUUCUCCCCAACUCGUGCCGCCUUCGCGCAGUAGAUCGUUCAUCAUCUUUCCACACCAUCCGUCCCAUUCGUCUUGGCUCUUCCCGCUAACUUCUCGGAUGAUCGGCUCGAGGCAGAGUAUCAACCCUACCAUCGUCUCUAGCGCGGUUCGUCUGAGAGCAGC